AUUAUCAGUAGAAAUUGUCAACACACGGAGUCAACAGUUUGUGUAUGCGGUUAACUAUCGACUACACCUAUGUAUAUGUAACCCUAUACAAAUACAUAACACUGAUUAAAAAGUUAUUGACCUGAAUUAUCGCUGUAUUUAUUGUCUCGACUGAGUAUCGCAACGCGAGGAAAUUGUGUGAAACCUGGCAAAAGGCGGGAUUAAAAAUGAGUCACACCACGAACGAGAUGCCGAAGUAUUACCAACAGAAUGGAGUGGAAUUCGAGGAAGAUGAAUUUGGACUGUUUACUAGUACGCUUACCGGGCAAUCGUCUGCGGUAAGGAGAUUUACUUGGAGGAAUUCCAAUAAUGUUACUGUGCAAGUAAUCACAUAUGGAGCGACGAUAACAUCCAUCAAAAUUCCUAGUGAAAAUGGUACAGUGGAUGAUAUCGUUAUGGGAUUCAAUGAUAUGGAAGGUUAUUUGAAUAAACUCAAUCCUUACUUCGGGGCCACCGUAGGAAGAGUGGCUAACAGAGUUGGCUACGCCACAAUAACAAUAGACAACGUAACCUACAACGUUUCGGCUAAUUUGGGAAAACAUCAGCUUCAUGGCGGUUUCCAGGGAUUCGACAAAGUCAACUUGAACUACUACGUAUGCGGCACUAAAGUUGUGUUCAGUUAUUUGUCACGAGACGGCGAGGAAGGUUAUCCGGGAGACGUAUUGGUCAAUGUCAGCUACGAGUUGACUAACAAUAACGAGUUUUUGGUGGACUUUAAGGCCACAUCUAGCAAACCGACGUUUGUGAAUCUGACGAAUCACUCUUACUUUAAUCUGGCAGGACACAAUAAAGGAGCAGAGGAGAUGUACAAGCACGUGAUUUCGAUCAAUGCCGACUACACUACUGAUGUUGAUGAUAAUUCGAUUCCGUCAGGAAAAUUAUUGCCUGUGGCCGACACAAUCUUCGACUUAAGAAUCCCGAAGGUCCUAGGGGACGUAAUCCACAAAAUACCCGGGUACGACGGUUACGAUCACAAUUUCUGUGUAAACAAGGGCUCGCUACAAGAAAAUACUUUCGUAGCAAGGGCCGUCCAUCCCCCUAGCGGUAGGGCCAUGGAGAUAUACAGCAACCAACCGGGUGUCCAGUUUUACUGCUCGAAUUCCAUUCCGGAAGAUCCGAAAAAAUUUAAAGGAGACGUUACUAAUCUGCAGAAGUUGAUCGGUAAGGAGGGUAGAUAUUACAAGCACGGAGCUUUCUGUUGUGAGACUCAGAACUGGCCGGACGCUGUAAAUCACAAAAAUUUCCCUCCAGCCGUCCUGUAUCCAGGACAAACGUAUCACCACACUGUAACUUAUAAGUUCUUUGUAAACAAAUGAAUCAAAUAUUACCGAUGUUCCGAAAUUGUAUUAAAAUAAAGAGCAAAAUAAAUUCAA